AUGGAUCUCGCCCCGACCCUCCUCCUGGCCAUUGGCCUGCCCACCGUGCUCGGGUACAGCCACGCCGUCAGCCCCGCCGCCAGCCUCGCCGCGCCCGGCCCCACCAUGAAGGGCGGCGGCACCAAGGUGGCGCAGUACUUUACCCAGUGGGGGAUCUACUCGCGCGGCUUCAAGCCGAUGGACAUGCAAUUUGACCGGAUUACCCACGUCAUCUACGCCUACCUUCACGUCACCGCCGAGUGCGAGGUCCGUUCGCUCGACGAGUACGCUGACCACCACAUCUGCUACCCAGAGUUGGGCAUGACGUGGGAGGAGCACUGCAACGGCAGCGGCAACGCGGGCAACGUGCGCGCGUUCCAGAUGCUGCGCGAGCGCCACCCGCACAUUAAGCUCGAGCUCUCGUUUGGCGGCUGGACCAAGAGCGACUACUUUUCCGGCUGCAGCAAGGACGCCGGCAGGCGCACGAAGCUCAUCAACGGGAUGGUGGACAUGCUCCGGAGGACGAACUUUGACGGCAUCGACAUUGACUGGGAGUAUCCAGUCUGCUGCGGCGAGGCGGACAACGAGGUGGACCCGCAGGACUGGAGCAACUAUGUGCAGCUGCUCCGCGAGGCGCGCGCCGCGCUCGACGCCGGCUUCCCGCGCGUGCACAAGGAGCUCUCGAUUGCCAUGGGGAUGGGCCCCGCCGUCACCGACCCGGCACCCAAGGCGGAGAUCUGCGGCAUCAUCGACACCGUCCUGAUGAUGACCUACGACUACAACGGCGCGUACCAGCCGCUCGCGUCGCAGAAUGCGCCGCUGUACAAUGACCCGGCGUAUGUCGCCGCCGGCGGGGUGGAGGACUACAACAUCGACUGGGGGGUGACCACGUGGCUCCAGCACUGCCCCAGCUCGAAGCUCAUCAUGGGCUUUGCCGCGUACGGCCGCGGCUACGCCGGCACCUCCACCGAGUACGGCACCGCCUCUGGCGCCCUGCCCGGCACGUGGGAGUCUGGCGUCCUCUCGUGGUGGGACCUCAAGGAGAACUACAUCGGCCGGCCGUGCUCGCUCACCAACCGCGAUGCGUCGAUGCCGGCCGGGUACUGGCAGUCGCACCGGAACAACAUCACAAAGACCCCCUACCUCACGGCGCCCGCGGGCGGCCCCAGCGCCUACAUCUCGUACGACGACGAGGAGUCGGUCGCCGUCAAGGCCAAGUACGGCAAGCAGCGCGGGCUCGGCGGCAUGGUGUGGUGGGAGGCCUCCGACGACCGGGACGGCGACUUGCUCAACGCGGCCAACGCGGCGUGGGGCGUUGCUCCCUCCGCGCACGCACCGCCCACGCCCACCCAGAAGGCCGCCUCGAUGUGGGUCGCCGCGACGACGGCGGCCGCCAGCGCCAACCGGGCGAUGGCGCUCCUGCAGCUCGCUUGCCUCCUCCUGGCCCUCGUCGCGGGCAUCGCGGGCGGCGCCCUCUGCUGGUCGGCGUGCCGAUGGCGCUGGGUCAAGACCAAUCGACCCAGCCGAUCACGCACGUCCGCAGUCAAACUGCCGCCCAGCCUCGAGAAGCACCUGGAGCCGCUCCGGCUGGCAGACGUGUGCCGCGAGUACAUUGACCGCAUGCCGCCCGACGCCAUCCCAAUUUCCAGCCAGGUCAAGUCCUGA